CAUGCGCGGUUCCUUCGCGGCGACGCAGCGCGGUGAGCCCCCCGCCCCGCACUGGGCCCAGUUCCUUCCUUAGACUGGGCUCACUGCCCUCCCACCAUCCCCAAACUGGGACCAGUCUCUCCUUCCCCCUCUCAAACUAGUCCCAGUAAGCCCCCCGGACUGGGACCAGUGUCGCCUGUGCUGCUUCCAGCACCUAUACUGGUCCCAGUAACCUCCCCAGAGUGAGGCCAGUAUCCCCUGUGCUGCUCCCAGCAUCCAUACUGGUCCCAGUAACCCCCCCCCGACUAGUCCCGCUAUCCGCUGUGCUGCUCCCAGCACCCAUACUGGUACCAAUAACCUCCCCAGACUGGUCCUAUUCACCCCCUCAGUAGCUGUCAGCACCCCUGUACUGGUCCCGGCACUGAUACUGGUCCCAGUAACCCCACAGUGCUCCCAGCAUGCUGUACUGGUCCUGGCUUACUGCUGGUCCCAGUACCCCCCACACCCUCCCAGUAGCCCCCAGUAUCUUUUCAGCACCCUCCUAGUGCUCCUAGCACUCUUUCUCCCAAUCCUCUCCCAGUAGCCCCCAGUCCCUUCCCAGUCCCCCAUACUCCCCCCAUCACCCUCCCAGAAGACCCCAACCCCCCUCCCAGUCCCUUCCCAGUAGCUCCCAGUUCAGGCAAUGGGCCGGGGGCGGCUAGUGGGGGGCUGUGCUUGGCUACUGGGGGGGCUGGCGCUGCUGCAGACCCUUUACCUGCGAGCCCUGCCCCCCCCUCGCCCCCCCCUCACCCAUCGCCACCCCCCCCCACGCUUGUCCCCCCUCCGGGGGGUUCUGGACACCUCGGGGACCUUUCGGGUCUACCGGGACGUUUUGGGGACCCCCCCUCCUUGGGACCCCCCUGAAUUAGUCUUGGCCACCCAUGGGACUCCAGGACGGGUGGCAGAGACAUUGGGGGGGGCCCUGGGGGGGUUGUGGGGGGGACCGCUCUCGGUAGCUGUUUUUGGGGUCCCCCAAAAGGGCUUAGAAGAGCUUUUAGCAGUUUUGGGGGGGCCCUGCCGGGGAUUCCGGUCUCGUUUGCGUUUACACGUGGUGGUGGGGGCCGCUGCGCCCCCCCUUCCCAUUGCACCCCCUGGACCCCCAACCCCGGGGCGAUGUCGGGGGGCCCUGAAGCGCCUGGCAGCUGCCGACCCCCCCAGUUACACUUUGGGGGUGCCCUAUCCGGGGAACCUGUUAAGGAACGUGGCAUGGGAGGGGGUGGCUGGGGAAAGGAGAGGGGGCCCAAAAAAUAGAGGUUUGGCCCUCCCCAAAAUUGGGGGACACUUCGUGCUGCUGGUGGACGCUGAUGUGGUGCCCAGCCGGGGGCUGUGGGAGGGGUUCCUCAAGCUGGUACGGGGAGGAGGGGCCAAGCUGGGACCCCCAAUUUGGAGGGCUGGGAAGGGGGUAGGGGACCCCCAAGUUAUGGGGGUAGAGGAGGGCUUGGAGGACCCCAAAUCUUUGGGGGCUAAAGGUUCUUGGGGGGCUCCAGGGAGCUUGGGGAACCCCAAAGCUUUGGGGGCUCCAGGGGUCUUGGGAGACCCCAAUGCCCUGGGGGCUGCAGGGGUUUUGGGGACUCCUGGUCGCCCUGGUGGCCUCAGGGUCCCCCGAGCCUUGGACACUCACCAUGUCCCAGGUGUCCCCAAUGUCCCAAGUGUCCCCGGUGACCCUGGGGUGCUCAACGCCUUAGAGGUCCCCAACAUCCUAGCUGUCCCCAAUGUUCCAGGUGUCUCCAGCACCUUGGAAGUCCCCAAGGCCCUCCAUGAUCUGGGUGUGCCAAAUGCCCCAGAGGUCCCCAACACCCUGAAGGACCCCAACGCUCUGGAAGUCCCCAGGGGCUUCCAUGAUCCAGGUGUCCCAAAUGCCCUGGAGGUCCCCAGUGCUUUGAAGGACCUUAAUGCCUUGAAGGACCCCAAUACCCCAGAUGCCACCACAUCCUGGGACCAGGUAGUGUUUGUGCUGCCAGCCUUCGAGGUCCGCAUGGGGACACGGCUUCCAGGGACGAAGGCUGAGCUUCUCCAGUUGUGGGGCAGAGGGGAUGCCCGGCCCUUCUAUGGGGCGCUGUGUCCCCGAUGCCAAGCACCCACUGACUACAGGCGCUGGUGGGCGCUGCCACCCAGUUCCCACCUGCGUGUGGCCUACGAGACCCCAUGGCGGGACCCUUGGGAGCCGUUCUACGUGGGGCCGGCCCACCACGUGCCACCCUUCGAUGAGCGCUUCCUCCAGUAUGGCUUCAACCGCAUCAGCCAGGCCUGCGAGCUGCACAUGGCCGGCUUCCGCUUCUUGGUGCUGGAUGAAGCCUUCGUUGUCCAUCGUGGCUUCAAGGAGGCCGGUGGCUUCCACGCAGGGCGAGAGGCUGAGCUGAACCGCAACCGGCAGCUCUUCCGGCAAUUCCGCACCGAGCUGCGCCAGCGCUAUCCCGACUCAUCCCGCCACUGCUGACUGGACAUUGGGUCCCCUCCACCCAAACACUCUGAUCAUCUCCACCCAGACACCUAGGUCCCUUCGACAUUGAACAUUUGAGGCCCUUCAGCAUCAGACACUUGGGUUCUCUCCUCUUGGGUCUCUUUGGCUUUGGACACUUGGAUCCUCUCCACCUGGACACCGGGAUCCCUUUGGCUUUGGACACUUGGGUCUCUUCAGCAUUGGACAUUUGGAUCCUCUCUGCCUGCGUGUCUGGGUCCCUUCACCUUUGGACACUUGAAUCAUCUCCAACUGGACACCUGGGUCCCCCCAGAUGCUUGGAUCCCCUGUGCCUUAGUGCCCAUGGGUAUCACCCCAGUGAAGAUGGCCACCUACCCACAAUGCACUGUGCAGGUGAUGUCAGUGAGGUUCUUCUGGUUGCCCUGGUGUUUGGUGAGGGAUGUCAGGAGCAGCUGCCUCCAGCUUAGACUGCUAUAGACCAGUCUGUAAGGGAUGUUCUGCGUAACACCUAUCGUUGUGUGUGUACAGAUAGGGGUAAAUCAUAUAUUUGAUGGAUUUAUAGAGUCCCACGAUU